UGUGGAGCACAUUCCUUCUAGAAGUUUCGCAGGGUUGGCUUAUAUAAAGCCCAGAGGUCGGUUUCCGAGCAGAUGUUGAUGCAGUUCUGGGAGGCGAAGCAGUGAGAGAAGAAUGGACUUGACAAUUUUGAUGUACAACCCUUUGAAAAGAUUUCGAGUCUUACAGGUUUGUGUUCACUGGAGGAAACCAUGGGGAUGAAACUGAUUCUCCUAAGUUUGCUGAUUUGUGUAGUAAAAUCAGAGCCUGUGCUGCUGAAAGAGCAAGGUCCCAUCCUGGGAGAUAGCACCGUAAAUCUGGGUCUCAGCCUAUACCAGACCAUGAUCAAGGACCAGAAAUUGCGAUCUCAGAACCUUCUCUUCUCACCUGUGGUGGUGGCUUCGUCUUUGGGUGUGAUGUCCAUGGGAGCCAAAGAUAAAACAGCCAAGCAAGUGAAGUCCCUCCUCAACAUCAACCUGAACGAUGACACCCUCCACUCUGCCUUCUCGGAACUUCUUAACGAGGUCAGUAACGAGACUGCCCGCAACACCACCUGGAAGAUUGGCAACUGCCUCUACGCACCUACCUCGGUCAACGUCCGAGAUGACUUUGUUCAGAAAACCAAGACCCACUACAAGUACGACCAUUCCCAGAUUAACUUCAAAGACCAGAGGAGCGCAUUGCGAUCCAUCAACCAAUGGGCCUCCCAAGCAACAGAGGGCAAACUGUCAGAAAUCACAGCAGCCCUGUCCAGCACAGACGGUGCCUUUAUCAUCAAUGCCAAUUACUUCAAGCCUCAUUGGGAUGAAAGUUUCCAACAGACAAUGGUUGAUAAAAGAGGAUUCAUAAUCACACGAACCCACACAGUUUCUAUCCCGAUGAUGCACCAAAUAAGAUUGUGCAACUACUAUGAAGACAACGCUAAUUCACUUCAGGUGCUGGAGCUGCCUCUGAGUCACAAACAUUCCAGCAUGAUCUUUAUAAUGACCAAACACAUAGAGCCACUGGCCAGACUGGAGAAGUUGCUGACAAAAGAGCAGCUCAAUACUUGGAUCGGCAAGCUGGAGAGACACACAGUUUCCAUCUCUCUCCCCAAAGUCAACUUGGAGGUCAGCCACGAUCUACAGAAAUACCUGCAAGAGUUGGGCUUGACCGAGGCUGUGGACAAGAACAAAGCUGACUUCUCUGGUAUCACGGGUAAGAAAAACUUGCACUUGUCAGGCAUGUUACAUGCCACAGCUAUCGACUGGGACACGGAAGGAAACCAGUUUGACCAGGACUGGAAUUCCCCAGAAAUAACGAAAUCCGCCAAAGUCUUCUAUGCCGAUCACGCUUACAUCUUCCUGAUCCGAGACAACAAAACCAACUCCAUAUUGCUCAUCGGAAGACUGGUCAAACCCAAAAGUAAUGAUCACGAUGAACUGUAAACUUGAAACUCUGCCACGCACUGUGCAUUCAUCCAUGCACUCAACUUCUGAGAAUAGUUCCUUUUUGUGGUAUUCUGAACAUGUUAAGGUGGAUAGCUUAAGUCAAAUAUACUGCAGAAUAAACCUAGGUUCAAUAACACUUACAUAUUUUUUGGGGCCCAUUAAAACAACUUGCACUUAUAUAGUGCCCUUCACAUACAAUACCGUCACUCAAUCGUGUUUAAAUGAUGGGACAAUAUUGAUGCAUAUAUGUUUUUCUGCUUUGCUUUACACUUAAGACCGACACAGGAGUGGUUCAGGAGAAUAUUUUUGGUAAACUGAUGGCAGGAGGCAGGCAGGGGCAGGAGGAACCAGAUCUGUAACAGAAUUUGAAGUAGCAACUCUGCCAAUAACUGGACUUUGCUCACUUUGACCCAAAGGAACAUGUUCACCUCAGACUGUAGUAGGUGGUGUAACAUGACACAUCUAAGACCUACAACCUGUGAUCUCCUGGGUUCAAACCCUAUAUCAACUGCUUCAUUGAUCAAGUCCCUCCACUUCGCCCCCUCUCUGGUCUCCUUCAAGACCCAUCUUUUCCACCGCGACUUCAGUCACCCUCCUACCCGUACCCUCCAACCCUCCUGAUCCCAGUGCAAAUCCUCGACUGUCCAGGACCUUAGGAUGUCCUCCCGAUGUGAAAGGCACUAUGCAAAUGUAAUUUGUUGUUAUUGUUGUUCUUGCUCAGACUGCAUGGGAAGGCAAGUUUUUGUUGUAUUAGUUUUAAGAUCAUUCCAUUUAGCGGAAUUUCAACAGGACAUGUUAAGUCCAGGAGAAUCUUUAGUGAGUAAAGGAAAGCUGGAAAAUCGUUUAGAUAAUAACAUUUCACUUUAAAUCUUUGUUUUGAGUAGAUCAACAGUCAAUUUUUAAAUGUUAAUAGAAUCAUUUCAGGGAACAAAUAUUUUUCUUCGGAUGUCCUCCUGACACGAGAGGUGCUUUAUAAAUCCAAUUUGUUGUUGUUUUUACAUUCAUCACAGUUAUUUGUAGAAGAAACCAAAACGCAUGAGUGUGCUGCAGGGAUUUCACAUCUAAUUGUAUUUUUGUAUGUUUGACCUCGACUUAUCUUCGAUGUUCUUAUUAAAAGAUAAAUUAAU